AAAUACAUAGUAGAGGUACCUGAGGUAACGAAAUGAAAUUAAAGCAAACCUCAGAACCCGAACUGAUUUUCCAUCAAGUUCCUAAGUUCCUUGCUGCUAUCCCGAUUCCCCCCUCAUCAUCCCGUCGUACAAUACUUAAUAAUAAUAGAUCUCAUCUCUCUCGUUUUAUUUUAUUUUUAUUUUCGUCUUGUCAUCCGACCGACUAGCCUACAUAACCUUUAUUUUUUGUUUUUUUUAGAGUGUUCGAGCCUUACGGUACAAUACUAUACAAUACAACCCGCGAUAAUUCUUUUUCUUCAUUUAUUAACAUACACCCUAAACAGCUACCUAUCCUUACAUAUAGCGUAUAAUUUAUAGUUACCUAUUCCCUAACCAUAUUCUGCAAACCUCUUAAUCCUAUCCCUCUUCUGGAAGAUAAUGGGCUUCCUAAGCCCCGGUCAACCCCAGCUAUAUUCCAGUCUUAUCAUUCGUCGCCUAACAAGUUCCAGCUAACUCUGCAACUGAACUGUAUUGUACAUCGCCCCCCCUUCCCACCCCCCCGGGCGACGCAUACAAGUCUGUGUGGUUCUCUGUGGUGCUGCGUACCCCCUCCCCAAUUUCCCAUCCCAGCAUCUGAAGCGAGCUCCACGUCUUCCGCCCUGAAUUUCGAUCCCCAUCUGCCUCGGGUGGAUUAUGUUUUCUUAUGUCUAUGAAACCCGCUCAACUUUUACAAAUUUGCUUGAUAACAUCUCGUUUCCACCCUCUCUUCAAUGACAAGAGACUUAACAAUAUAGUUUCUGUUUUAUAUUCUAGACGCUCUUUUACUAGGAGGACUAGGCACCGUCGUGCCAUUUUGUCCCCAGCCACUCCUUUUCAAAACCAGCGGUCAAUAGAAAACUUCACCGCACAACUUUUAUACUCUCGUUCACCACACAAAGUUAUCAACCCUUUUACUGGGGCCAACAUGAGUCGGGGCCUACAGGAAUCCGCUCUUUCACUAGAUGCGGUUCUAACUUCUCCCCUUAAAAUGGCUACCGGUGUGCACUCGAUCAGCUACUCUACCAAUGGCUCUUACAGUGGUCAGGUUCCAACGUCGCCCCGUGCUAAUCAUCUAGAGAGUGCUGGAGAGAGCGGAGCGGCGGACGGGGACGGGGACGCAUAUUCGAGUUCGAUGCCAUCUCCACCAUCUCUAAGUGAGAUAUCUCGGACGAGGUCCACUCGUUCUACCUCGACAACAUCACGAAAUUCCAAUCGAUUGUCAUUAACCUUGCCGAUCGCGCCACCUGAUAGUGUCCCGUCGAGGCCCACGCCCACUUCUUCGGUGCCGCCCACCCCAGGACCGGUGUCAGGACUGAGCUCGCCAAUUGAUGCAAAUGACUUCAUUAUCGCUAUUGCCGCCCAAGAGCGUCGCGUAUUAGAACUUCGUGAAGAAUUGGGCCGAGCAGAGCAUGAUCUUAGAAGGCUGAAGAAGCAGUGGACAGCCUCCGAUGGUUAUAAGAAGCGGGCAGCUGCUAAAAACUUUGACCCUCUUCGCGCUGCAUCCGUGAUAGAUGGACCGUGGGCCCAUGAUGAUCCAACAACUGUCAGAUACACCAGCGAACUAGAACGUAGGAAAGCCAUCCUUCUUGCACAAAGCCGGGCAGCACCUCGAGACACCAAAAGGACAAUUAUCCGGGGUGGACACACUCGCGCUUUGUCCUUACUUUCACCUACAACAUCACCAAAUGGAAACGACCCGCUCCGAUCACCGGAUUUAUACUCAAAACCGUCGCCCGUCUCUACUCCUCUUCUCAGUAAGCGCGCAACAUGGGCUCCUCGUCAAAGCCAGCCGACCCAUGGUAUGAAGCAAAUCGCAAAUGAUUUUAAGCAAGGCCUUUGGACGUUCGUCGAAGACUUGAGACAAGCGACUGUGGGGGAUGAAGCAAUUUCUGGGACAACAAAUAGAACAAGUGAUAUGGUAUCAAGGUUAAAUAGAACAGAGACCGAACAGGACACUAUUCGAGCGUCUACUUCGAGCCGCGGCAAAAUGCCAUUCCAAGACGAAUCCGAUUCCGCGACGGAAGCACCGAACAGAUCAUCCACCAGUAGUUUCAGCGACCGUUUGCAGCACAGACGCUCAACAUCGAAGGUGGAACCCAAAGCACGAAAACAUUACUCUUGGACGCCACUACCACUCGAUAGCCUCUGCGAUGACGAUUGCUCCAACUGGGAUAUAUUAAAUGCGAAGCCAUCCCGCUGGAGCGGAAGCACGGUAAACGGGGAUGACAACGCGAUUCCUGAGAAAUUUGGUGGUAGUGAGGAGACAUUGAGACACAAACAAUCCCACAGCGAGAUAAGGUCGCCAUCCCCAGAGACUCCAAGUAGGCUAGAAGAAUUACCACAGGCCAUCCUCAACAAACUGACUCCCAGUAACAUAAAGAACACGACGUCGAACUUCAUCAAGGAGUGGGAGAAGAGUUUGUCCCCGCCUGCGGACUCUACUUCUUCCUGAGUUAACCGCCCGAGGCCACCGCGGACCCCGAGUCACGAGCCCAUCCAUUUCCAUUCUUGAUAUAUGCGCGGACGAAACGUUGCGUAGACGCACGACCACCCGGAUUUCGGAGGCCUGCCUACGGUUUAGGAUCAACGAAAUAUCCCCGACAGAGACUUCGACGCCGCUUUACAUUCUUAUAGAUACCUACCGUUUCGUUCAGAGCGUCGUGAAGACCGGGGCUCUCAGACGUGAGAUUAUUUGUCGAUCGAGUACUGGCGCGAUUCUUGGUUUGAGGUUUUGGGAUACCGGCUGGAUGCAUCGAUUUUUUGGCUACGAUAUUAUCAACAAAUAACCUAGGAGCGACGCCCCUUUUAAAGCAGGGCAAGAUAAGAGAAAAGAGAAGAGAAAGGAGGGGAAAAAAACAGGUCACCCUUAUCUCCUCACCCCCAUCCCCGCACCCCCAUGGUUUUUUUAUAGGUAAUAUCUAAUGAUCACGACCGCUCAUGAAUGAUAGACGAUGAUUUAAAACGAAAUAGACUCGUUAUCGUCGUGGUUGUCAAUUUUGUCAUAUACUUAACCUAGCAUAUACGUAUGAGCUUCGUACAUGGUUAUAGCCUACCUAUUACAAGCGUUAGUAUAUCAAGUACUAUCAAAGUACUAGUUACACAUUUUAGGAAUCUGACA